CUCCUCCGCGAAGAGGGAGGUGUGCUCGGGCUCCUCUGCUGCGGGAGAGGGUCUAUGGUGGUAGCACGGGGGUGGUGAGGGCUGAGGAGGGGUCUCGCCGCCGCCCCCGCCGCCGCUGAGGAGGAGAGGGAGGAGGAAGAGGCGAGGCACGGCACCAUUUGCUGCUCCCUGCCCCAGCCAUGGAGAACGCGCACACAAAGACUGUGGAGGAAGUUUUGGCUUAUUUCGGCGUCAACGAGAGCACCGGGCUCAGCCUCGAGCAAGUGAAGAAGCUGAAGGAGAAAUGGGGCUCCAACGAGCUGCCGGCAGAGGAAGGAAAAACCUUACUCGAGCUUGUGAUUGAACAAUUUGAAGACUUACUAGUUAGAAUUUUGUUGCUGGCCGCUUGCAUAUCUUUUGUCCUGGCCUGGUUUGAAGAAGGUGAAGAAACAAUCACAGCAUUUGUAGAGCCUUUUGUAAUCUUACUUAUAUUAGUAGCCAAUGCAAUUGUGGGAGUUUGGCAGGAAAGAAAUGCUGAAAAUGCUAUUGAAGCCCUUAAAGAAUAUGAACCAGAGAUGGGCAAAGUGUAUAGACAGGACCGAAAAAGUGUCCAGAGGAUUAAAGCAAGAGACAUUGUCCCAGGUGACAUCGUGGAAGUGGCAGUUGGAGACAAGGUUCCUGCUGAUAUAAGAAUUACUUCUAUCAAAUCUACAACUCUAAGGGUAGACCAGUCAAUUCUCACAGGUGAAUCUGUGUCUGUUAUUAAGCACACGGACCCUGUGCCUGAUCCUCGUGCUGUAAAUCAAGACAAGAAGAACAUGCUCUUUUCUGGUACAAACAUUGCUGCUGGUAAGGCCAUGGGGGUGGUUAUUGCAACAGGGGUAAACACUGAAAUUGGGAAAAUCCGUGACGAGAUGGUGGCGACCGAGCAGGAGAGAACCCCCCUGCAGCAGAAGCUGGACGAGUUUGGGGAGCAGCUGUCCAAAGUCAUCUCCCUGAUCUGCAUCGCCGUGUGGAUCAUCAACAUCGGCCACUUCAACGACCCCGUGCACGGCGGCUCCUGGAUCCGCGGCGCCAUCUACUACUUCAAAAUCGCCGUGGCCCUGGCCGUGGCCGCCAUCCCCGAGGGCCUGCCCGCCGUCAUCACCACCUGCCUGGCCCUGGGGACGCGCAGGAUGGCCAAGAAGAACGCCAUCGUGAGGAGCCUCCCCUCCGUGGAGACCUUGGGCUGCACCUCCGUGAUCUGUUCCGACAAGACGGGGACACUGACCACGAACCAGAUGUCUGUGUGCAGGAUGUUUAUCCUGGACAGAGUAGAAGGAGACAGCUGCUCUCUGAAUGAAUUUACUGUAACUGGUUCAACAUAUGCUCCCAUGGGAGAAGUGCAUAAAGAUGACAAACUCAUUAAAUGUAGCCAGUAUGAUGGUCUUGUGGAACUUGCAACAAUCUGUGCACUCUGCAAUGAUUCCUCUUUGGAUUACAAUGAAGCUAAGGGAGUUUAUGAAAAGGUUGGUGAAGCCACAGAGACGGCUCUUACGUGUCUGGUUGAGAAAAUGAACGUGUUUGACACAGACCUGAAGGGACUUUCUAGAAUCGAACGUGCCAACGCCUGCAACUCCGUGAUAAAACAACUCAUGAAGAAAGAAUUCACUCUGGAAUUCUCAAGAGACAGGAAGUCGAUGUCUGUCUAUUGUACUCCGAACAAACCGAGCCGCACGUCCAUGAGCAAGAUGUUUGUUAAGGGUGCUCCUGAAGGUGUGAUUGACAGAUGUACACAUGUCCGUGUUGGAAAUGCUAAAAUACCUUUAACCUCAGGAAUUAAGCAGAAAAUAAUGUCUGUCAUUAGGGAAUGGGGAACUGGCAGAGACACAUUGCGUUGCUUGGCUCUGGCAACCCAUGACAAUCCUCCCAAAAAAGAGGAAAUGAAUCUGGAGGACUCCUCAAAUUUCAUUAACUAUGAGACCAACCUGACAUUUGUGGGCUGCGUGGGAAUGCUGGAUCCCCCGAGGAUUGAAGUAGCAUCAUCCAUAAAGCUGUGCAGACAGGCUGGCAUCAGGGUCAUUAUGAUCACUGGUGACAACAAGGGCACGGCCGUGGCCAUUUGCCGCCGCAUUGGGAUCUUUGUGGAGGAUGAGGAUGUGUCCACCAAAGCCUUCACGGGCAGGGAGUUUGAUGAGCUGUCCCUGGCUGCUCAGAGAGAUGCCUGUCACCAUGCCCGCUGCUUUGCCAGGGUAGAGCCUUCCCACAAAUCCAAAAUCGUGGAGUUUCUUCAGUCUUUUGAUGAGAUCACAGCCAUGACUGGGGAUGGUGUCAAUGAUGCCCCUGCACUGAAGAAAGCAGAAAUUGGGAUUGCCAUGGGUUCUGGUACUGCAGUGGCCAAAACUGCUUCUGAAAUGGUUCUAGCAGAUGACAAUUUCUCCACAAUUGUGGCUGCUGUGGAAGAAGGACGUGCAAUUUAUAACAACAUGAAACAGUUCAUCCGAUACCUGAUCUCCUCCAAUGUUGGGGAAGUUGUUUGUAUCUUCUUGACUGCUGCCCUGGGUUUUCCUGAAGCUCUAAUUCCUGUUCAGCUGCUGUGGGUAAACCUUGUGACGGAUGGUCUCCCUGCCACUGCCCUGGGCUUUAACCCUCCUGAUCUCGAUAUCAUGAACAAGCCACCACGCAACCCCAAAGAGCCCCUGAUCAGUGGGUGGCUCUUCUUCCGUUACCUGGCUAUUGGAUGUUACGUUGGUGCUGCCACAGUGGGUGCUGCUGCUUGGUGGUUUAUUGCUGCUGAUGGUGGUCCAAAAGUUUCCUUUUAUCAGCUGAGCCAUUUUCUGCAGUGCAAGGAGGACAAUCCAGACUUCUACGGGGUGGACUGCGUGGUGUUCGAGUCCCCGUACCCGAUGACAAUGGCUCUCUCUGUGCUCGUCACCAUAGAGAUGUGCAAUGCUCUCAACAGCCUGUCAGAAAACCAGUCCCUGAUGAGGAUGCCUCCGUGGGAGAACAUCUGGCUGGUGGGGGCCAUUUGCUUGUCCAUGUCCCUCCACUUCCUUAUCCUUUAUGUGGAACCACUGCCAAUUAUCUUCCAGAUCACACCUCUGAACGUGACGCAGUGGCUGAUGGUAUUGAAAAUCUCCCUCCCUGUCAUUCUGCUGGAUGAAACACUUAAAUAUGUGGCCCGUAACUACCUGGAACCUGGUAAAGAUGAUAGUGUGCGGCCUGCCACCAAACCCUGUGCUCUGUCAGCAUGCACCGAAGGAGUUUCCUGGCCGUUUGUGUUCAUUACUAUGCCCCUGGUUAUCUGGCUUUACAGCACAGACACUAACUUUAGUGAUAUGUUCUGGUCUUGACUGACAUGGUGACGAGUUUUACAUUCAAAGGAGAAAAAAAAAAAAAGUUUAACUUAAUUUUUUUAUUGUUUAGAGCAACUGUCUAUUUCUGCUGAAUUUUCACAUGAACAUAUUUGCCGGUGAUGGAGGUUUCAUAAUCUAGAUUUUGGUUUUUUGCUUUUUCUGACUUCAGUGGGGGCAAUAUAUUCCUCUUUUAUACACAGUUAAAGUGUCCAUUGACAUGUACAGAGAACUAACACUAUUUUAUGCAAAUAUUUUUUUGUAGAUGAAAAGCAUGUACAGUGUUCUGUUCAAUAGUCUAUUCAUCAUGUAAAAAAAAAGUAAAUUUUUUUUGAGCCAGCGGACACUAUCAAACUAAAUUGGCAGCAGAUUUUAGGGAAUGAAUGUGUGUUGUCUAAAACUAAAAAAGCAUGUACCUGUUUGUCUUCUGCAUGAUCAUCCAAACUUAAUUUGUCAUAAAGUCAGGUUUUGUUCACAAGCAGAACUUUCUGCACUGGGUAGAGAGUCCUGCUCCCUGGGUCAGGAUUUCUUCUCGGUCCCCUCUUCCCUCACUCUCGGUUCUUGACUGUCCUUGUUUACACCACUUUCUGUAUGAGGUAUGCCUGAUCUCGCUCGUGCAGAAAUUACCAUUCCAGGUGCAGCCUGCUGGGGUUCUUCCAUACUCUCCACACACAUAGGGUUGGGGUUUUUUUAAGGAUUAUUUAUUUGUCUAUUGUAUUUUAUUGUAACAGACCUUACUUUGCCAGUGUUGCCCAUUAUGCAGGGAUAGGGAGGGCUACUUCUGUCUCCUUAAAUCUAAAGCCUUUUUAACACACACACACAAUCUGUUUCAAUUCAAAAGAGGGUUUAAGUUGGGGUUUAAUACCUUUUUUACAUGUCAGAGCCUUUCUUUUUCUUUCUUUUUUUUUUUUCCCCCCUUUAAGAUCAAAAUUAGCAAUGAGACCUGAAGAAAUAACUUGCACUGCAUAGCUAGAAAUUGGAUUUCCUACACUUAGGGCACUAAUGCUCAGUUGUAUACAUGGAGUUACUCUGCUGGCCUGUUGUUAGCCUGACUUGAAGUAACAAGCUCGUGUGUGUUUUUUGUAAAAUCUGUAAAUAGCACAUGACCAAAUUGAACAUAUUGUAUAGAACUAUUUUUAUUUUAAUGUGGCACUAACCACCUUCAUUAUUACGGUAAAUGUUAAAGCAUGUUUUCAAAAUCAGUCCUGUAUCAACAAUGUGUAAGUCAUUAACAGUCCUAACUGUGGUGUUUUUCUCCAAUGCCUUCCAACUUUCAUCGACUAAAGUGAGUAUUUUUCUUCCAUUUCACCCUGCCAGUGGUGACUUGCUGUAAAAUAGCAUAUGCUGUAUACAUGUUGAAGAAUAAAUAGUAAUUUCCUUCA